AAACAGUUGUCCAGACCAGCUCAUCACAAUCAUCUUUUUCUUCCAGUAUGUAUUAUUAUUAUCAUUCCCUCCUCUUCCUUCUUAUCCAUUUAUUUUAACAUCAUGUGGUGGGGAUUUCACAGCACAAUCUGGCAGGUUUAUGAGUCCCAACUAUCCUGAUGGCUACCCUGUGAAUAUUGAGUGUGUGUGGAAUAUCAGAACCCCACCUGGAAACCAAUUACAGUUGACUUUUCCUGGCACUUACUGUGGUCGCACACCGCCCGCUAAUGUCAUUCAGUCAACUGGCAGUACCUUGAGCAUCACAUUCCGUAGUGAUUCCUCUGUCCGUAGAGACGGAUUUGUCCUCACUUAUGAACUAG